AUGAGUGUUGACCCAGCGACGUUUGAGAUCCAGAGCCUGUACUACCAGAAUGCGUAUGCAGGCUGCAUUGCGCUCGCGCGCAGGAGUGCUCCGAGCGGCAUCGUGGACGAUGUGAGCCUCUUGCAGCUGGCGUACGCUGCGCGCGCCGCGGUUGCGCUGCGCGACUUUGCACAGGCCCGCCAGCUGAUCGGCGACCAAGCCGAGUCGCCGCUCGCCAUGUCGGUGCUCCUCCUUGCCGACUACAUGGAGGCGUCACAGGGUGGUGAUACGGUGGAUGCGCAGAGCGUGCUCGACCAGCUCCAGUCGCUGCUGGACCUGGCCGAGCCCGGGGAGCUGGCCAGCGAGAUGAUCCGCUACAAUGUGGGCCUUGCGCUCUUUACAAGCGGCAACGCAGAGCUCGCGCUGGAGACGCUUGGCGUGACCGGUGCGGGUGGCAGCCGCGAGCUCGAGUGUGUCGCGCUCGGUGUGCAUAUCCUGCUGGCCAUCCACCGUGUGGAUUUGGCCGAGAAAGAGUACAUGGCGGUGCGGCAAUGGGGCGACGAUUCGCUCCUGGUCCAGUUUAUGGAGGCGUGGAUCGGCCUUGUGCGUGGCGGCCGUGCGACGCAGCAGGCCUACUAUGUCUAUGACGAGUUGAGCCAGAGCUCGACUGUGGCCAACACGGCGAACAUGGUGCCGUCGCUCGUCGGCAAGGCCGUUGCGAACGCUGCGCUGGGUGACAGCCGCGGCGCGCGUGCCGUUGCGGACGAGGCCGCGGCGUUUGAUCCUGCGGACGCGGCCGUGGCCAGCGACCAGGCCGUCUUUACGGCGCUUGCGGGCGAUGCGAGUGCCGCGGAGUUUGAUGCCAAGGAAGCCGCUCUCCACACCCAUGCCCCCCAUGCCCCGCUCGCUGUGGACUGGGCCGCGCGGCAGGCGGAGCUCGACCAAGCGAUUGCCUCCUUUGCGUAG